AUGCGUGACCAUGGCACAUUCUGUCUUUUCCUGCCGCUGAAGCUCGGUGUCGGCAUCGCAUGCAUGCUCGUCUUUGUCAGCUCGAUGGUUUCGAUACUGGCGCUGUUGUCCUCAGACAUUCGAUUUCGGGCAACAGGCUACAAUCAGACCGUAUAUUACUUUCCAGAGAUCGUGGGGGCAUUUGGCAUCGUCUUCGGCUUCGUGGGGCUUCUAGGCACAUAUGAUGACAAGUGGUACCAGCUCUGGUGGUUCAAUCGUUAUUUCGCUGUGAAGCUCGCAGCGAUAUGUGUGGCGGUGUUUGCAGACUUUGUCACGCUGCAGGGCUGCGAGGACUACGUGCGCCGCAACCCUCCCUACGUAAUCGACUUUGGCGGCGCAGAGUACGAUGCCCAGUCUAGGUGGGACUUCUACAAGGUCCGGGACCCGCGCAGGGACCGGCCGCUGGAGCCCCCCGCGGGCCUGGAGGAGGAGGACCCCUUCGUCCAGUACGGCGCGGUGCGGCAG